AUGAGCAGGAAAGCAUCAGAGGGGCCAACAAAAAGCAGCUCCCCCGCUGACCCCCGUAGCCACCCCUGUUUUCCCAAAUCGUCCCACCAGACCCCACAGCAGAGGAAAAACUACCCCCCCAUCAUUCAGUCAACUCCCAGACUGCAAAAGACAAUAGACACGCAGGUUAAGCCCGUUUUCCCCACCUCUAUUGGAUCCCCGCCCCCCCCCCAAAGCACCGAUGCAUCGAAGACACCCCCCACCAGGGCAGGGUCCAAGCGCACGCACCAACCCAUGCACUCGACAGCACACCAAACAAGACCCAAGCCCCCCAGGCCCAGCCGUAACCCCAACCCGGAGGCAAAGCGCCCCCAGAACCGCAAGCCCACCCUGGACCUACCCCGGAACAGUACGGCCGCCAGGCCGGCAACCUACGUUCGCCGUCACAGGCAUCCCCAGCAGCUCCGCAUACAGCUGCCAGAAAAACAGCACCAAAACACCAUUCAGGCCAGGAUCGCAGCCCCAGCGCCGGACCCCCCAAAAGAAACCCACCCCCAAGGAACCCCCAGAUGCCCCCAGCCCAUAUAG